AUGCGACACUACGAAAACAGCGUGGCCUUCCUGGGAACGUGGGGUCGCUUCCAACUGAUGGUUUUCUUCCUGCUCUGCUCCACUAACUUGCCCAACGGAACGGGAUCCUUCUCGCUGGUGUUCGUCACCGACACGCCACGGCACCGAUGCCGAAUUCCCGAGACCAACCUCAGUCAGGAGUGGCAGCAGGCUGCGGUCCCUUUGGAGGUGGUGGAUGGGGAGCUGCUUCCAAGUCGCUGCCGCCGCUACCGGCUGGACUUACUACGCAAGUUUUCAUCUGAAGGGCUCCUGCCCCUCCGCGAUGUAAACCUGAGCACCGUGGAGCAGGAAGACUGCUUCGAUGGAUGGGUCUACAGCACUGAAGUUUACGAGUCCACAGUGGUUUCCCAGUUCGACUUGGUGUGUGACCAACAUUGGAAGCAGCCCUUGACCGCCACCAUUUUCUUCCUUGGAGUCCUGGUGGGGUCUUUCUUCUCUGGAUUGCUCUCUGACAGGUUUGGCCGUAAGCCUGUGCUGUUCGCCACCAUUAUCAUUCAGGCCACGUUCACGCUGCUGCAGAUUGUGGCGCCUUCCUGGCAAAUAUUCUGCUUUUUUCUCUUCUGCAACGGUCUUGGCAAUAUCUCCAUGUACAUGUCCUGCUAUGUGCUGGGCACAGAAAUCCUCACAGGUAGCGCUCGGGUGGUUUACACGUCGACAGGCGUGUGUCUGGGCUUCGCCUUGGGCUAUAUGACCCUGCCGCUCUUUGCUUACUACCUUCGGAGCUGGAAGACUCUGUUGUUAGCCAUUGGGCUGCCUGGCCUCUUCUUUGUCCCCUUGUGGUGGAUCCUCCCAGAGUCCCCCAUGUGGCUGCUGUCUCAGGGCCGAGUGGCGGAGGCCGAGGUCAUCGUGAAAAAAGCCGCACAUAUGAACCGGGUGGCGGUGCCGGAAAAGAUCUUUGGAGAUUCCAAUUUGAAUGUAAAUGAUGAGAGGCCAGUAGAGCACUACACUGUUUUGGACCUGUUAAGGAAAAGAGGCACCGCCCUGACGACCGUGCUCUUGUGCUGGGACUGGUUCACGCUCACCGUCUGUUACUUCGGCCUGUCGCUGAAUACCUCACAGCUCCAUUCGGACCCGUACAUUAGCUGCUUCCUGUCUGCUGUCGUGGAGGUGCCGGCGUAUUUUAGCUGCAGCCUGGCCAUCCGAUAUGCACCGCGACGCCUCGCCGUUGGGGCAGUCUUCCUCACUGUUGGCUUGGCGCUCUUCUUCAUUCAGCUCGUGCCUCAGAGUAUGCUGGGUCUUGCUGUGGCCUUGGAAAUGCUGGGUAAGUUCAGCACCACGUGCGGAUCGUCGCUGUUGUACGCCUACACAGCUGAGCUGUACCCAACGGGCUUGAGGAACACAGGGUCUGGGGUCUGCCUCACAGUGUCACGAACGGGAAGCUGCAUUGCGCCCUUUAUCAUACGGCUCAACAUCUACUUCAAGUAUCUGCCGUAUAUCACUAUGGGCACUCUGGCCAUAUGCUCCGUCCUGACCACACUCUUCUUGCCAGAGAGCUUUCGGCGACCACUUCCUGAGACCCUUCAACAGAUCCCUAAGAGGAAAUGGUGGGCUUUUACGGUUGUGAUCGAAUGUCUGCAUAUUUACUACUUUGACGGCUACGCCAGCAAUGCUGGCUACAACACCAGCCUUGAGCUCCCCGAGGGCACCUGGUCCUACACCAACCCCUAUGCCGAUAGCAACAAGCAGAUCUUCACCUAUUUUGACCCCGUGCACCUUUGGAAGAAUAUCUACGGCAGCUUCCACAACAAUGGCUGUAUGGUGCUGGCGCGCUCUUCGAUCGAGAAGCAGAGCGGUCGGCUCACCAUAGCGGUCGUCAACCCCAACACGGUCACCGGGUUGAGGCUCCUCAUCAUGACCACAGGAAAGCAGGAGCACAAGGACACGGCCUGGAGACGUUCCAGAGGACAAGGGAGAGCUGGAGAUGGGCCGGGCAGUCCUCAAGCGCCCAUCUCUCCCUAUGUCCCACAUGGCGUCCUUUGGAAUGUCGCUGUGGGACUCCCUGAUGUGCAGGAAGCACAAGAGCACAUGCUGGAAAGCGAGGAAGCACAAUGCCUUGGAGUGGCCGACCGGCAGGAAAUGGAGCAGAGUCGAGGAGGGCAGGAAGGAGACGGCGAGGAACAGGGAUUUGUACAAGUGGAGGAAGCUGACCAGAAAACGCAAGGCAUAGAAAAAGGCUGA